GCACAGGCACAGCAGUAUACACGCUUGUUUCCGCUAAAUUGGGUGUACUUCGUCUUUCUGUAAGCGUUUGGCGCAACUUUUGCGUAGCAGAUAAGCAUCUGCGAUCUGUAUUUCAUGAGCUCUACAACACACCGAAUUGGCUGUGGGCAAAGGAGUCAGGGCCAGGUAAUUUCACGCGUCGUCGCUCCAGCUUGCGUCAGCGCGGUCGCGCGAGUCACAGAAGCGUCUGACAUGUCAGAGCAUGGUAUCAUAGCUCAGUUCUGGCGCUUAAGAGCGCUUGAGCAAGCCUGAGCGUGCCACGUGCUGGCGGAAAGGGAACGUUGCUAAUAAGUAGUGGCCCGGCAACGCCUAUUGGGCGUCUUGACAUCGGCUUUCUGCGUUUUCUUAUCUGGCUGGCCGCAUACAAGUUUUAAGCGCGGCGUGCGAAGGCCUUGAGCGGCAGAACAUUCGCUAGUAUAUUUCCCAGGGCAACGUUUGUUGUCGGCACCCCAGCACUGAUAAUUACAAACCAAACUGCAGGUUGCGUCGUCUGGGCCGCUGGGAGUUCUUCCAGCGGGCGGCUUGCGGCCACACGGGCCGACAUGGCUGGCCCCGACUUCAGCUCUAGUAGCGUCUUCUUCAAGCACGCUAGCGGCAGCAGACGGCCCAGCCAGGCGCGAUGGCCCGCGCCCGCGCGCCGGCGCCUCAGCACCAUCACGCGUGCAGUGGCCUCCGCCUCCGCCCCCGCGCCCUCGUCCUCCUCCCCCUCCGCAGCCGCCGCAGCUGCGGCACGCCCCGGCUCCCCCUCCACAGCCGGCGGGGCCAACGCCUCCCCCGGCUACUUCGCGGGGUUCUGUGAGGGCGGCGAGUGCUCCGUGCUGUGGGAGCAGCUGCGCUGGGUUGCCAGCUGGAGGCAGAUGCGAACCAUGUACGACAACUUGUUGAGGGCGGAGGCUGAGGCGGCGGCGGCGGCAGCCGCCGCUGCCAUGGCGGCGCAGGUCGCCGCCGCCAUGCACAGCGGCGGCGGCGGCGCCAGCGCCACUGCUGGCGGCAACAACUACAGCGGCAGUAGCAGCAGCACCAACGCCUCAAUGAGUAUGGAUGUGACGGCAGCUGCCGUGGCCGCCGCCGCCGCCGCGGGCGCCUCGCCCGUCGCCUCCGUCGAUGGUGGUGCGCCGGCCGGGCGGCGGGACCGGUCGGCGCCGGGUCUGCUGGGCCUUGACGACACGUAUGCGUUCCUGCUACAGCUCCAGGACUUCUACCACCUGCGGCAGGACGAGUCGGACCUGCAGGAGAUGCAGGACUUCCGCUGCCGGCUGGUUCGCGACAUGUCCAUGUACGUGCGGCGCAUGGACGCCGAGCAGCUGGAGGCGCUGUGCUGCGCCUCGGCGGUUAGCGGCAAGUGCCUCACAAGGGAGCGCGCGGACGCGGUUCAGGAGCGGCUGCUGCGGAUCCUCAACCACAGCAGCAACGGCGGUGGCAACGGCCACAACGGCAACGGCAGCAGCAAGAGCAGUAGCAGCGGCGCGUUUGCCGGGCUGGGGCCCUACGCGGGCCGGCGGCGGCCGGCGGGGAGCGAUGUGGGCGGCGGGUUCCAGGUGCUGACGCCGGCGCUCAACACCAUAUUCGCGCUGUACGACCACGGCUACCUGCCGCAGGUGGCGCUGCUGCAGGCCGUGUUCCGCCAAGCCGUGGACCACACGGGGGAGGUGACACGCACCCAGUGGCACGCGUUGCAGGGCCUGGCGCGCCGCUUCAGGUUCAUGGUUGACGACAUGUGGCUGGAGGACCUGCACGCGGCGCUGAGGGACCCGCUGGCCUGCACACCCGACUUCGGACGCAUGAGCUGCAUCCUGGGCUGCAUCAGCGCCUUCAUCGUGAACAAGGCGAUGGAGCCGCUGGACACGCGAGUGCUGGUGGUUGUGGAGGCCAUCGAGCGGCGCUACGACGAGGGCCGCUCGCUGCUCAACGCGCACCAGCUGUGCGUGUUCGCGGCGCUGCUGUGGGACAUGCGCAGCCCCUUCCGGACCAAAUGGCUGGGCAUAUGCCUGGACCACCUGGCCAGCUGCAGGAGCCACCUGGCCGGCGUGAGUCCCGCCACACUGGUGCUCGCGGUGGAGCUGGUGCUGCGGGGCCGCGGCUGGGAGGAGACGCGCCUGCUGUCAAAGCUGCUGCGACAGCUCUUCUCCACCUACGCCGGCCACCCCUCCGGAGGACUGGCGGCGCGGGCCAGCGCCAACGUAAGCGGCUGCCCGCCGCGCGCCGCCUCCCGCAUCAUCGCCUCCGGCAACGGCCCAGGCAUCUCCUCCUCCACAACCGCCACAACCGCCAACGGCAACGGCGGCAGCAGCGGCUCCGCCGCCGGCAAUGGUGGACUUAGCAACGGUGCCGCAAACGGUAACGGCGGAAGCGCCGCCGCCGCGGCGGCGGCCGCGGCGGCGUCUCAGCCGUCGUCUGCUUUCACGACGGGUCCGCCGACGCUGGCUGCGAUGGCGGCGGCGGCGGCGUGGGACGUGGAGGUGGGCGGCGGCGGCGGCGCGGCGUCGCCGCCACACGACCUCGUGACACUGGUGGACUGGUUGGCGUCCAAGGUCCCCUCCUCGCCUGGCCCCGAGCGCACCGACACGCUGGAGCUGCUGCAGCCGCUGGUGGCGGAGCUGGUGGAAGGCGGGCGGCAGCAGCUGGCGGAGCUGGAGCCCAGGAGGAUCCCGCCGCUCAUCAAGGCUGUGGCGGUGCUGGGCUACAGCCCCAGUCGGCAGUGGGUGGCGGAGGCCUUCGCGCACGUGGCGGGCGGUGCGGACAGCCUCAGCGGCGCCGAGCUGGUGGCCAUGCUGCGGGUGAGCCACGCGCAGCGGCUGCCGCUGCCGCACGCCACGCUGGACGCUGUGUGCGCGCAGCACAGCCGCAUCCUGCCGCUCAUGCGCGCAGUGGACCUGCAGCGACUGCUCGAGUGCUGGGUGGCGGACAGGUACAUUCCCUCCAAGGACCAGCUUGAGGGGUUUUUCGACGCCGUGUGCGACUCGUUCGGCAUUGACUUGGCAGCGCUCAAGGCCGCCGCCGCCGCGCCGCCGCCCGGGCCCAACGGCAGCGUCUCCCUAGCCGCCGCAGCCGCGGCUACCGGCAGCACUGGAUCUGCUUCUGGAUCCGUGCAGUCGCUGGAUUCAGCAGUAUCAGCUUCCGCCGCCUCCGCCGCCUCCAUGGGCAGCAUGGAUGUCAUCGGAUCCGGGACGGCCGGCGCCUCCGGUUCUGGAUCCGGAUCCGGCGGCCUGCCCCGCCCGUCCUUCUUCCUUGACGCUGAGGCGAUGCGAUCCGUGUCUGGUGGAACCGGAAUCUCCGACGGUGUAGCCGGCGGCUUUGGGGCGGCGGCGGCGGCGCAGCCGCCGCAACCGCCGCCUCCGCCGGCCACGGCAGCGGCACUCAGUGCUGCCGCGGCGGCGGCGACAGCCGCCGCCGCCGCCAACGUUGCGGCGUCGCGGGCGGCUGCGGCUGCGGCCGCGCGGCGGGAGGAGGCGGCGGCGGAGCCGCCGCCGACGCCGUCGAGCCUGGCGGCGGCGCGCGCCAAGGCGGCGUCUCUGGGAAGCUUGGACACGCGGCCCAAGGGGUCAUUGCUGCAGCCUUCAGAGGCUCAAUCAAUGUUGACGCUGCUUGAUCAAUACCGUGGACUGCUACUUGAGGCCAAGCGCUCCGACCUGCUCAUCACAAUGAACACCUACCGCAACGCCGUCACCGCCGCCCUGCACGACAUGCGGCGGAAGGAGGCGGCGGCAGCAGCAGCAGCAGCAGCAGCCGGUGGCGGCGCGGCGGGGCUGGGCGGCGCCGCCGGCGGCGUGGGCGCGGUGGCCAGCGGCAAAGUGCCUCCGAGCGCGAAGCUGUUGCAGGCGGUGCUGAGGGGCGGUGCGGGCGUCACGCCGCCGCCGCCGGAGCCGGUUAUGUGAUCUGAUGAGGUGGGAUGUGACGUGAUGGGUGCGUGGGCGAGGGUCAUGCGAUAGUGAGGCCGUACAGAAAGAUGUGGUGAGCGCGAGAUAGAGGAGGAGGCGUGUGGAGUCGGAAGAUUUGUUAUCAGCGGGGCAGGGCUGACGCCCAUACAGCGGGGUGCAGCAGAGUGUCUGCACAUCAUCAAACGUUGGCCAUUGCAAACAAGUGCGUGCGUGUCGAGCUUAAGCUCCUUAUUGUGCUGUUAGAGCUAGGUAUAUAUCAUUGGGGGAUUUAAUGAGUUGCGGCAGCCACUGUGGCAUUGCACCUGCCCCAGGCCGUCCGAUGGCGGCUGGGUCGGUUGCCAUAGCGUUUGAUGUUGGGUGAAGGAGUCAGUUCCUGAUAACGGUAUGUUUUGGUUGGCUCAUUAGCGGACCGGUUGUUGUUUGAUAGAUGCCGCAGAGGAGUGAGCUUGGUUGCCGCGGGGCCGCAUCGUCCCAUUGGAAUUGGUGUUUGCGGUUGAUGCCGCUGAAGGGACAGCUACUGGCGUCAUGAGUAAGAGAAACGCAGGUCGGCAGACACGUGUACGCCGAGAACCAAUCCCUGCCGAGAACGUGUUCAACACGGCGUUGCUGCGUGUGCCUCAUGCAGACUGGUUUGAAGCUGGUUUAGCCAGGUUGAGUAGGCAGCGUUGUUCCGGAUCCAUUAUUUGCUCAAAAGUUUGAGGCGCUGUGUUGGCAACUUGGCAUACGGUUAGUUGUGGCUUGUGGCUUGCGAGUAGCUACGUCAAAUGACGCUUUGACGGAAGUGGUAUCUGGUGGUAUUUGGUGUGGUGUCAACUACACCGGUUGCUUGCGAGGCUGCGACCGCUCAUUCUUAAGUUGAGUGCAUUAUUGCAGUUGCGCCUUGGGUACGAAGACAGGGCAUUCCGGGCAGGUAGCAGCUGGUAAGUGCGCCCAUAUCUUUUGCUGGGACCGAUUGUACGGUACUGCUCACCUAAAUGUCUG